GUCCUCUGCUGGGACGACGUGUGCCCCCCUGGCGACAGCAUAGAGAAGAUCGCGGAGGCUUCUUAUGCGGAAGUGUACCGGAUCACCAAUGCGCACGGGACGUCAAUCAUCAAGGUCAUCCGGCUCGAAUCGCCCAUCAAAGCGCAGACGAAAGCGCAGCAGCGGUCCGGCCUCGUGGACGAGGAGCCGCGCUCGGAAGAGGACAUGGAGGGCGAGCUCCAGAUAUCCGAAUGGCUCUCCGACAUCCCGGGCUUCGUCGUCUUCAAGGAGCGCUAUCUAGUGGAGGGGAAGGCGCCCAAAGCCUUGGUGGAGACGCACCAGGCCUUCCACCGUCGCAUGAAGCGGAAAGACCCGGACCGGCUCCAAUACUACCCAUCGCCGAGCCGGUACCUGGACGAGACUCGCUUCAUGGUCGUCGAGCUCGGGGACGCCGGCACGGCGCUCGAGGACUUCCCGCUAACCUCGAUCAGCCAAGUGUGGGACGUGUUUCUGCACACGGCGCUUGCUCUGGCGAGGGCCGAAGACCUGGCCGAAUUCGAGCACCGCGACCUGCACGAAGGCAACAUCUGCAUCCGGCAAGCCCGGCCCCCGAUCACCGAGCCGCCGUCGGAACGACCUACGACCACCACUACUCCUCAUCCCGGACCCCUCCGCUUUGGCGCCUCCGGCCUGGACGUCACGCUCCUCGACUACGGCCUGUCGCGCGCGGUCGAUCCCAACGACUUUGCCGACCCCCCGCGGCCGUCCUCGGUCAUCGCCAACGACCUCGAGCGGGACCUCUCCAUCUUCCAGUCGACGCACGCCCCGCAGUGCCGCGUCUACCGCCAGAUGCGCUCCUUCCUGGUGCACGGCGACCGCUGCCACGUGAUGCCGCCAGAGCAGCACAGCGAGCCGUACCCCGCCGUCGUCGCCGCCGCCGCCGCCACGGGGUCGUCCGCCGCCGGCGCGCCCAUCUCGUGGCGCGCCUUCCAGCCCUACACCAACGUCCUCUGGCUGGCCUACCUGUACGACUACCUCGUGUCGCACUUCCGGGGAAGCAGGAAGGAGCUCGCCUGGUUCAGGCGCGAGACGGCUGAGCUGUGGGAGCACCUCGACCCGGACGCGCCGAGGGAGGUGUUGAGCUUCCCGUGUGCCGGCGCCGUGGUCGGGUUUGCGGUUGAGGCGGGCUGGGUGGAGGUGCGCCAGUUG